AAUAAUUUAAAAAUAUAUAUUAAAUCUCGUUAAAAACGCUACACUUCUCCGGAAAAACCCAAACCCUAACCCUAGCCACAAUCUCUCCUUCCUUUUCCCCCUUAUCUUCGUCGCUAGACUCGCCCUCUUCUUCACCAUGGGGCCUUCGAUUCGAUCCGCAAAUUGAAGGGAUUCGGGCUCGCAUAGGGGUUUCUCGUUGCUCUGGUUUUGGGGAUUUUUCGUUCCGGUUCUUCAGUCGGAUCAAUCGGAUUGGGAUUUCGCGUCCUCGACAUCAGAUCCAUCACGGCUUCGAUUCGGUUCUGGCGCGAUCUGGCGGUUUUCGGUGAUGCAAGACGGUCGAGAUUUGAAUUCUCCGUCUGAUUUUCUUCAAUUGAAGGGGGUUUCGAUCGGAGGUCUUGCCCUGGGUUGCGGAUUUCACAGCGAUUGUUGUUAGAUGUGUGGAUGAUUAUCUGGUUCUUUGAUCGGAUCGAUCGGAGAAGUCAUUGAUUGUUGCUGUUCAUUUGGUUUCUGGAAAUUAAUAUUUGAAAAGCUUGUUUCUUGAUUGAAGAAACGUCGCAAAGGGUCGUCUGCUUCUUCUUCGAAUCCAGGGUUUUGAAGGAGAUAGAUUCUCUUGUACACUUGUCUGUGUCUCUCUGUUUGUUCUUAGCUUUCAAUAUCAGAUCUUGAGAAAGAUAAAGUGAGAAAUAAUGGCUGUGUAUUAUAAGUUUAAAAGUGCUAAAGAUUAUGACUCCGUUCCCAUUGAGGGCCAAUUCAUAUCUCUUGCCAAUUUGAAAGAAAGGAUUUUUGAAUCCAAGCAUUUGGGAAGGGGUACUGACUUCGACCUCAUGGUUGCCAAUGCUCAGACUAAUGAAGAAUAUGUAGAUGAAGCAGCUAUGAUUCCAAAAAAUACUUCGGUUUUGAUCCGUCGUGUUCCGGGGAGGCCUCGGAAGCCUAUUGUCACUGAGCCGGAUGAGCAAAAAGUUGUAGAAGAUAAAGUAGAAGACAUACCACCACCUACUAGCAAUGCGAUUGGUGAAUCAUCAACCACAAAAUAUCCUGAAGAGUCUGAAUGGGAUGAGUUUGGUACUGAUUUAUAUGCUAUACCUGAUGUGACCCCGUUCCAGAGUGUUAACCCAGUAAUGGAUAUUGCCCCUGCAAAUAAAAUUGAUGAGGAUAGCAAAAUCAAAGCUUUAAUUGAUACACCUGCCCUUGAUUGGAACCGUCAAGGAAAUGAUGCUUAUGGUGCUGGAAGGGGGUUUGGAAGGGGAAUGGGUGGCCGAAUGAUGCCUGGUCGUGGUUUUGGUCGAGGGGGUGGGUUAGAGCGCCGGACACCUCCAGCAGGUUAUGUCUGCCAUAGAUGCAAAGUCCCAGGGCAUUUUAUUCAGCAUUGCCCUACCAAUGGAGAUCCCAAUUAUGACAUAAAGAGAGUGAAACCUCCUACUGGUAUUCCAAAGUCGAUGUUAAUGGCAACACCUGAUGGAUCCUAUGCCUUGCCAAGUGGUGCGGUUGCUGUUCUAAGACCAAAUGAAGCUGCAUUUGAAAAGGAAAUUGAGGGUCUUCCUUCCACCCGUCCUGUUAGUGAUCUGCCCCCAGAGUUGCGUUGUCCCUUGUGUAAAGAAGUAAUGAAAGAUGCUGUCUUAACUAGUAAAUGUUGUUUCAGUAGUUUUUGCGACAAAUGCAUUAGAGAUUAUAUAAUAACCAAGUCAAUGUGUGUAUGUGGAGCUACGAAUAUUCUAGCUGAUGACCUUCUGCCAAACAAAACACUGAGAGAAACCAUCAACCGCAUAAUGGAGGCAACAACGAGCAGUACUGAGAAUGUUGGAAGCUUAAUACAGGUUCAAGAUAUGGAAUCUGCACGCCCGGUGCUACCUAAAGCUCCAUCUCCCACCACCCUCUCUGUUGCAUCUAAAGAUGAACAAAAGCCAGUGCCUGUUGAGCAAUCUGUAGAUAUAAAAGAUGCAGAAAUUGCCAAUGACACAAAACCUGUAAUUGCUGAUAAGAACGCUGUGAAGAGUACAGACCCAUCUGUGGCAACACCAGAAUCAGCAAGUGUAAAAGAACUAACAUCACAAGAGAGUGCACCUGUGCAUGAAGAGCUUCAGGAAAAGCUUUCUGCUGGUGAUCAAGGAAAGAAGAAAAAAAAGAAAAAGACACGUCCUCUUGGCAGUGCUGGCACUGGCGCAGACAUGCAAUGGAGAAGUUAUCAAGAUCUUGGUGCAGAAAGUUAUGCUUCAAUGCCUAUGGCCCCCUCUGCCUACAAUCCAUACUGGGUUGGUGGCAUGCCAAUGGGAAUGGAUGGCUAUAUGGCACCUUAUGCAGGCACCAUGCCCUAUAUGGGCUAUGCACCUGGUCCAUUUGAUGUUCCUUUUGCCGGAAUGUUACCGCAAGAUCCUUUUGCAGCCCAAGGCUAUAUGUUACCGGUUGGUCCACAGAGGGAUCUUUCUGAGCUGGGGAUGGCCGGUGUCAGCAUGAAUCAAGGGCCUCCAAUUAUGAGCAGGGAAGAAUUCGAGGCUAGGAAGGCUGAUUUUAGAAGGAAGCGUGAAAUGGAGCGAGUUAGUGAAAGGGAGCAUUCAAGGGACAAGGGAAACAUCAGAGAAGGGCACAACAACAAUGCUGAUAUUCCUCCAAUGAAAUCAAAGCCCCAGAGACAACCAGCUCAAGGUACUGGUGUUGACCGAGGAGACUACCGCGUUGACCGUUACGAGAAGUCAACUGCUCCGCCUCCAGACCGACAUGCGCCGCCAGGGUCACGCGAGCGUGACUCACCGCACCGGCCGGAGAAAAGGAGAUCUGCCACCACCAACUCCACGACCACCACCACCAAACAUGACCCGAUGUCUGAUCCGGCGGGCGCCGACCGGAAGCAAAAGGGCAGCGUCUUCUCUCGCAUCAGCUUCCCCGGCUACGGCGGCGGCGGCGGCAGUGCCGGUGGUGGCAGCGGUAGCAGCGGUGACAAAAAGAGGAAGUCAUCGGAGAUGCCGAAUGGUCUCAAGGAGCAUGAACCCAGUCAUAGAUCUGGUUCCAAUGGGUACCGUGAUGACCGGAGUGGAUCUCGGAGAGGUGGUGGUGCCACCUCCUCCGCCGCCGCAGCUGCUGCAGCCGCCGCUGCUGGCGGCUAUGAUGGUGAGUCUAGCGAAGAGGAGUACCAUUUCAAGCGUAGGCCGUCAAGGAGAGAUGCUGAUCAUGAGGAUGAUGGGCGGGGUUCUAGAAGCUCGAGAGAUAGGGAUAGGGAUAGGGAUAGGGAUAGAGAUAAUCACAAGCGUAGGUGAUUUUGAGAGAGAGAAGCGAAGCUUGUUGUGUUAAAUAGUGGUAUUGUUAUUGUCCUGAUGAUUGUCAUAUCAUCAAAUCAUCAUGACUAUACAAAAUUUUAUAUCUUUAAUAACAUCUUUGUUCUCCCCUUUUCUCAAUAA